UUGGCUUUCCUAUCCCAGAACAUCAUGUUGUCGUCGCUUCUCGUAGCCUUCGCUCUCGGGAUCACAUCAGCGUUUUCCGCGGUACCCCCAAGAAGAACGUGUGGAACACACAUCUCAGAGGAGCAAAUUGCCGCCGCCGAAUCGCACUUUGCUACCCACCGUGUUGCACCCAGUGACUUUUCAACCCAGGCUACCACUAUCAAUGUCUACUUCCAUGUCAUCAGCCAGGACGCUUCUACCUCCGGGGGCUCCGUGACCGACGCCCAGAUUGCCAACCAAAUCAGGGUGUUGAACGACGCAUACGCUAGAGCAGGAAUCAACUGGGUGCUCGCCAACACCACUCGAACCACCAGCGUAGACUGGUUCCAACGUGUCGCCCCCAACACCGCGCAGCAACAGGCCAUGAAGACUACUCUCCGAACUGGCAGCUCACGCGACUUGAACGUCUACACCGUUGGUUUCCGAGCAGGCUCCGGCAGUGGGCUGCUUGGAUAUGCCACAUUCCCCCAGGAAUUUGCCGGUAAACCGUCAGAUGACGGUGUUGUUAUCCUCCAUUCCUCUCUCCCUGGUGGAACCUCUGCUCCAUACAACCUUGGUCACACUUUGACCCACGAAGUCGGCCACUGGCUUGGCCUUUACCACACCUUCCAAGGUGGCUGCUUCGGAAGCGGCGACUACGUCGAUGACACCCCUCCUGAGGCCAGCCCUGCUUAUGGCUGCCCACGAGGACGUGACAGCUGCGCUGGCGGUGGAGUCGACCCCAUCAACAACUACAUGGACUACAGCGACGAUGCUUGCAUGACCGAAUUAACUCCGGGUCAAAUCGAACGAAUCCGUGCACAGAUUGCUACUUACCGCGGUAUUGGUCUCUAAGGGACUAUGGACGAUUCGAGUUCACGAUUUUGUACAAUAGCACUUUCAAUUCUUCCCAGUUCCACAAUUGCUCUGCUUG